AUGUUUACAGUGUGUAUGUUAGGUCGAGUGACUACAGCCCCGUGUUAAAAAAGUGUUAAAACAGGCAAAAUAAUGAUGGAAGAUAAGAAGAAUUGCGUUUAAAUAGUCUUAAAAAGAAACAUGAUCCUUGUCAGACAUACAUAACUGCCUGAAAUGAUAUGCAAUGCCGAAUUUUCCUCCUGAUGUCUUCGUGAGCGCUUUCUUUAGCCUCUCUGAAGGGAAGGAAGAGAAUCAUAACAAGAGAGAAAGAGAGGGACAGAGACAGUGAGAAAAAGAUAACCGGAAUCAUAAUCGGUGGAAGCUCAUCUAGGCCUCACAGUCAGGAGCAGCUCACGCACCAUGGACAUUCCUCUGCCAGAAGAGAUCCCCUUGCCAGGGGUUGUUCCUGGGAAUAUGCCAAACAUGAGCCGUGCCCCCCCACACCCCAGAGGCCCUGGUCUCCUCUCCACACCCACUCGGCCACCUCCCCACAUUAUCCUCCCCCCAGGACCUCCACCUGACUUGUCGGUUCCUCCUCCGAACUUUAGUGUGCCUCCCCCAUUCAUGUCAACACCUCCGCCACGCCUUCCCAGGCCUUCUAAUGUGACUCCAAAGAAGUUGGGGGAAGCUGCAGGCAAAGGAGAAAGAUACUCACCAAGUAGAGUAACAGUUGAUGAUGAAGAGAAAGAUAGUUCACCUGCAACCACCACAUCUACCAGCACAGCUGUGACAUCAUCACCAGCGUCUGAUUCCUCAGGGACAUCAAAGAUAGGAGUUAAGACAAAUUUACCCAAAUUAUUAGGGAAGGAUGCAGCCAAAAAAAGACUUCUUGCAUUCUCAGGAAAGGGACUGAAAGUCUCCUCAUUUUCGCUAUCAAAAACAGUCAAGCCAGCCGUUAAGUCUGCUCUAGGGGAAGAAGAUGAUACAGGAGACAAGAAGGAUAAGAAAGCUGCAGUACAAGUGAAGAAAAAGAAGAAGGAAAAAGUGUCUAGUAUUGAGCAAAUUAGGGAUGAGGAAUCAAGACUCCGAGAAGCUCUAGGGCUGAAAAAUGUGUUAUUCAAUCCAUAUGGGCCUGGUUUGGGCACCAUAGCUAGGCUGUUAGACAAUCCUGAAGGGUUGAAAAGGUUUGAGGAUAAAGGCAAAACAGCGAAGAUCAAACUGGAAGAAUACGAAGCCAGGCAAAGUGAAAAGCAGAAAGACAGAGAGAAAGCACUGGGAAGUAGAAGAAAAGAAAAAGAGAAGUCUUCAGACAAUGAUAAAGAGAAAGGGAGAGGCAAAGAUGGAGACCGAGAGAAAGACAAGGCAAAGGGGAGAGACAGUGAUAGGGAAAAGGACAAAGUGAAGGGUAAAGAAGGGGAUCGGGACAAAGAACCAGACAAGGAUAGGAAAUCGGAACAAAAGUCUGACAGUGGCAAAGAGGACAAGUCAGAGACUGGAAAUCAGAAGGAGGAAGUAAAGAAAAGACCUAAAAGAGUGCCAAAGACAUGGAAUGAAUUCAAAUCUGAGAACUUUGACUUUGACCUCCUGAGACAAGUCAGAAGGGAACAGCUUAGGAGACGAAGCAGAUCCAGGAGUCGAGACAGGGACAGGAGGAGGUGGAGUCGUAGCACCAGCCGAGAUAGAGGUAGAGGUGGCAAACAUCAGGAGAAAGGGCCAUUCUUAGAGGAACCAAAAAUGUUAUAUACACUAAGGGCCAAAGGUUUGAAUGGGAUAGAUAAAGAGUACCAAGGCCAGAUGGUACAGUACACUGUAACUAAACCAUCUCUUUCUUAUUGCAUCAAUCCUUAUAGAUUCAAAACACAUUUUCUCAGUCGGUUAGAAAUCAAGAGAAGAGAAUCACCUGACACUUGGGAGAUCUUUGAGAGUUUUUGGGAAAUGGAAUCACAGUUUGAAAGCGAAACUGUAUCACAUGAAGAUGAACUGUCCCGGGCCUGGUAUCCUAAGUCCUGGGAGUUAGAGGUUCAAGAGAAAGUCAAAGAAACUGUUGAGGAACAAGUACAAGAAGUUGCAAUAGCUGCCACAAAGUCUCGCUGGGACUCAGACAAUGAGGAAGGAGAGGAAGCUCAGCCUGCUCUAGAAUGGAAAGAAAAUGUGGAAGAUAAGGUCUUGGAGUCUAAUACAACUGCUCUCUGUGGAGACAAAGAUGAGAGUUUGUCAUCUGAAGUGUGUGGUGCUGAUGAAGUAGGGGAGCAGGUACAAGACUCGUCUGCAAUGCCUUUCUCAGUCGGGCUGAAUGAAGAAUAUGAAGCUUUCAUGCAGAUGUUGGAUGGAAAUGCUGUGUCCAAAGGGGAUGGCAAAGUGGAAGAUAAACUUCCUGUAGCUGAAAUCAAGGUUGAGGAAGGCAUUGAAUCAACAACUGAGGUCAAGGAAAAAAUCAAGGCCAGGUCCAAGGAAGAAGUACCAGUAGAACCCAGUUUUGGUAAUCAAACAAAUACAGGAAUAAAACAGGAAGUUUUGUCAGAAGUGGAUUUAGAUUCUGAUGAAAAACAUGAUAAGAGUUCAGAUGAGGAAGAGGAUACCAAGAAGACAGCAGAGGAAAUGAAAAGGAAAGAAAGAAUGGAGAGAAAGAUGAAGAAGAAAAUGAAGAAGGCUAAGAGGAAACAGAAAAAGGCAGAGAAGAAAGCAAAGAAAAAAGCAAAGAAGGAAAUGAAAAGAAAAGAGAGAGACAGGGAAAGAGAAAUGGAUGAAAGAAGGGGAAACAGUGACUCAGAUACUGGAAGUGAAGAGAUGCUUGAUACACCAAAAAAAGAGAAGAGAGAAAAGAGAAGUGAGUCUAGGGAGCUAAGCAGAGAGAGAGAGACAGACAGAGGACAUUUGAGUGAGGUAAAAAGAAAUGAGAAGAGAGAAGGAACUCAUGAUCAGAAAAUAAUAAAGGGAGCAGGUGUUCGAGAGAGUGCAGAGAAAGAUAGAAGUAGUGAGAAAGAGAGAGAGACGGAAAAAGAUAAGUAUGACUCUAAGGGUGUAAGAGAUAGUGAAGAAAGUGAUAGUGAUACAAAGGAAUGGGAGAGAAAGGAGGAACAAGAAACUGAAAAGGCUCAUAGAUGGCUUGAGAAAAGGACGCAUUAUGAUGGAGGUAAAGAUCACAAGAAAAGAGAAAUAAAGGGUGAAGAGGUGCUUGAAUCUGGAGACAGAAAGUUUGAGAGAACCUACAAAGAUUCCCUAAGUGACACUAAAACAAAAGGGAAAGUCCCUACAUUUGAGGACUCUGAAGACAGCCCAACAUACACUCCACCAAGGAGAGAUAGUAGUGAUGAGAGUGAAGACGAACCAGCAAAUAGGCGUGGUCAUGAUAGUGAUCGUAGUGUUUCUCCUGAUGACUGGAAAAGAAAGGAUGAGCCACCAUCCCCUCUCUCCUCUGAGGCCAGUGUUGAUUCUCUUGACAGGAAGAGCAGGAGGAGAUUUAAAUCAAAAGGUCAUAGAAAAAGAGGUAAGAGCUGGGUUGAAGAAGAGCUGAACUCAGACACCAAUCAGUCAUGGAGAUCCCAGGAUUCUUCAUCUCCUGAGUAUUAUUCAUCAAAGUUGUCAGAAAAGGACUCCAGAAAGGCUGAUUCUGCAAAGUAUGUGCCAAGUGACACCUCUGGAUAUUGUGACUUAAGUCGCUCAUCCAGUCCAGUGUCUGAACCAGAUUUAGCUAAAACCUCAACAGCUGAAUCUAGUGAGGAUGACAAUGAUGAUUAUAAGAGUGACAAACUGUAUGAAAAGCGAGUGGAUACAUCCGAAGUUAUCAGUUUCUCCUUGGAUGACAUCCCAUACCCUCCAGCUGGCUGUCCACCAAGCAAAAAUGAGGAGAGUCAAAACAGGGUCCGCAGGGAAAGUGAGAGGUACAGCCCCUCUAACAUGUCCAUGUCUCCAAGCCCAUCAUCAUCAUCGCCGUCACCAAAUCAGUCACCAGCUCGCUCACUGUCCUCAUCGCCAGCACUUCAGAUUCCUUUGCCUCCAACAUCUGUCCAGAAUAUCCCUAUCCCACCACUUCCAGGAUCUCUUCCAAAGGGCCCUCCUCUGCCACUGCCUGAUCUCAAGAAGAUUCCCAUUCCUCCAUCAGGAAUACCCCUUCCAUCAGUUAAGCCACCUGUACCUCAGGCAAGAACAGUCCCAAGUUCACAGCAGGCAAGCCAUGUGCCAGUUGGUCCUCCAUUAGUACCCAAAGGGCAGGUACCUUUACCCAUUCCACCACCCAUGCCACAGAAUACUACAUCUUCCAUGGGAUCGGUCCAUACGAGGCUUCCUGCCACACAGUCUGUUGCUCCACCAUCAAAGUUGCCUUUUACACCUGGGGGACCAACCCUUCUAACUCCAGCACGUGUUCCUAUGUCUGUGCCUCCCCCUUCCAUUCUUCCUCUCUCGGUUCCUCCACCUACGCCAUUAUCAGUUCCUCCACCUACUGGUGUCCUACCACCUUUGCCUUUACCGAAGGAGUCACUGCCAGAUAAAUCAAAAGUGACAUCCAGACCAUCAUCUCAGGACCAGGCUAUACCUCCUGUAGCUUUAUUAUCUCCCACAUCGGUCCCCCUGCCAAGCUCCGCAUUAAACGUAGAUAAUGAAUAUAGUCAGAAAAAGGCAAUUGAGGAAGCCAGUACAUUAAAAAGUUCUAAGAAUGAAUCUGAUGACACCACUGGAUUGGUUUCAACACAGUGGGUGGAAAAGAAUUGUGAGCUAGAGGCAUUGGAAGAUGAUAAUAGUAAAGAUAUGAGUAAGAAUUCUCGUUCUAUACCAAUUACAUUUAGGCUAGGAGGAUCAAAGCAAGGCAGUCUUAAACGAUUGCAGAAGGGCCCAUUAUUACCAGAAUUCAUUCAUGAAGAGGAAGAAGAAGGCCUUAGAGGAAAGCUUGUUGAUGAGGAGGAUGAGGAUCAGUCAUCAGAGGUAGCAGAGACAACAUCUGAUGUAUUUGAUGCACAUAAGGUUAUGCCAACAUCAUCAAGAUCAUGGGAACCUUCUAAGGAUGAAAUGCAUGAAGCAAAAAGCUUAAAGGAGGAAAGUCCUCAGAAUGUGUCAGUGUCUAAGGGGCGAACGAGGAGAUCAAGAUCAAGAUCUCCACGGAGGAUCAGAUCUUCGCAGAGGAGCAGGUCGCCACAGAGACGGAGAUCACCAUCAAGAAGCAGUUCUGUCCAGAGGGAUAGAUCUCCAAUGAGGGGCCACUCAAGAGAGAGAAGUAAAUCCCCAAGGAUUGGCAGAACACCCUUAAAGAACCGUUCCCCAAGGAGGAGCCGCACUCCUUUACGUAGUAGAUCCCCCCAGAGAAGCAAGUCUCCAAAAAGAAGUAGAUCUCCAAGAAGAUCUAGAGACUCAAGAUCACGUAGUUGGUCCCCAAGGAAGCUUGGUAACCGUAGAUCUCCAGACAGAAAAAGAAAAAUGUCACCUGAGUUUAAGAGGCAAAGAACAAGUCCUGAAAGAAACAAGAGAAUGGAGUCAUUUAGUCCACGAAGGUCAGUACGUCCGAAUAGGGAAGCAAAAUCCCCAGUCCGUGUCUUAGGCCCUCGACAGUCAAGGGAAAGACGAUCUCCCAAACGAUAUCGCAGUCCAAGUCCUUCCCCUAUAAGAGAAGAUAGAAUAGGAUCACAUUUUGCUAGCCCUGACUCAAGACAUAGUAGGAGUCCAGAGAAAAGAAUACCUACUGUACACCAUGGACCAAGAACCCCAGAAAGGUCAGAGAAGAUAGAAUCUGUUCGGUCGCCUCAGCAUGGUUAUCAGAGUGAUCUUGGACGAGAGAGGACAGCAAAACGAACACUAGAACGAUCACAGUCUCCAGAAUUGCAUGAUGAACGUAGAGCAUAUGCUCAGGGUCGAUUAGGCAGACAGGAUUAUAGAGCCAGCUGCAGUCCAGAUUCAAGAAGUCCAGAUGGCAGGAUUGCACACCAUCAUAGUCCUGUCCGCAGAAGUCCUUCAUGGAGCCCAGUAAGGCAGCACGGCCAGAGCCCCAGUUGGAGAAGUCCUACAAGACAACGGGCUCAGAGUCCAGGUUGGAGAAGUCCCCAUUACAGGAGCCCUGAACGUAGGCCUCAUUAUUCACCUGGAAGAGACCAACACAGUCCUGUUCAUCGCUGGAGCCCACAUAGGUCUCCAGGAAGAUCACCACGAAGGUCCCCUCAUCACAGAGGUUCUCCUGGUUCCCCUCUUUGGAGAUCCCCUAUACGCAGGUCACCAGGAAGUAGGUCACCAAUGAGAAGGUCUCCUAUUCGUCGAUCUUCACCAAGACGUUCUCCUCUGCGCAGGUCUCCCAUGAGAAGGUCUCCACUCCGAAGGUCACCUCAUAGAAGAUCACCUGGAUGCAGGUCACCUCUAAGAAGAUCACCUCUGCAAAGGUCACCCCUUCGGCGAUCACCAAGGAGGUCCCCAAGAAGGUCUCCUCGUAGAUCACCACGAAGGUCACCCAUUCGGAGGUCCCCCAGACAUUCCCCAAGAAGAUCACCAAGGAGGUCAAUGUCUCCCAGUGUUGACAAUGGUGACUAUGAACAUCAUGAUAGGGGAUGGAAUGACUGGGAGUGGUCACGUGACAGAGAGAGGGAGCACAGUCAAGAUCGAGAGCAUAACCAUGAUGAGUCAGAGCGCUGGGUCGGCCGCCCCCUGAGUCCAAGGUGCAAACCAGAACCUGAGGUUUACUACAGUCAGCACACCAGGAAUAUCAGUCGUAAUGAGGACACUAUUAAAAUUGAUGCAGACUCCACCAUUAGUGACUCUGAACUCACAGGUAGAAGAGAGCAGCUGGGACGAAUGACAAGGGAGUCAUCACCUUCAACCUCACCAAGAGACUCUCCGCGACGCCUGUCAUUGGAUGAACGAUUGCAGCAAGAGCAUGGCCUUGAUGUUGAGGAAGAAAGGCAGAAAAGAUUACAACAGCAACAGCAACAACAACAACCUGCACGUCACCUUUAUAAUUGGGGAUACCAAGCUCAUCCAGUGCAGGUUCACCAGUUUCAUUAUGCGUAUGAGGGUGGUAGUGAAGGUGGUGGUGAUGGUGGUGGUGGUGGUGGUGGGAAUGAGAGCGUAGGUGGUGAAGCAUCCUCUCGGGUCAUACAGGUUGGAAAUAUGCUCCAGGUGCUCCCGCAGGACCCGUCAGCUACCCCCACUCCUUCUUCGAUGAUUGUCCAAACCGGAAAUGUCAUCCAAGUUGUGCCAGCAGAGAAUAUGCAGAUGUUGGGUGCAGAGAUGGUGCCAGGGAUCCCAGUGUCCAAUGGGGGGAUGAUGAGCAGUGUGGUGCAGGUAGUGGCUGGAGGUGUGGUGGGGAUGUCAGGGUCAUCUCCGGCCCCUGUCCCACCCCCUACAUCUUCAUCUACAACAUCCAUCUUAGCUUCUCCGGCAGAUUCCUCUCCUGCAAAAUCCCGGUCGGGCCUUAUGUCCUCUGUUUCAUCAGCUAUCCCCAUGCCAGUCCCUUCCUCCAUUCCCUCACCGGUUGCCACACAGGGAUCUACCACAGCUACAGUCAAUUCACCUGCUGCAGUUGCUUCAGGUGCCCUGUCGGGUCCAGCACCAGCCUUGAUGUCUUUGUCCCCCUCAGCUCACACAGCUGGCUUACCUGUCGCCCACCUCAUCUCCCUCAUCCAACAGCAGAUGUCUGGCAUUACUGACACUGUUAUAGACCCAGAAGUGGCUGCUGCAGAGAAGGAAAAAGCCAAGCAAGAAAGAAGAGAGAGGAAGGAAAAGAGGAGGCGGGAAAGAGAAGCCAGGCGUGAGGCAAGACAGCGCGAGAGGGAUAGGCAAAGGGAGAGAGAUCUGGCACAGCAAGAAGAGCUAGAAAAACAACUGUCAGAUACUGAGGAUGAAGUUCUCAUUAGGGAAGCCAUGUCAGAAGUACCUGUGAUUGGUUCUCCUGUACCUGAGUAUGAGGUCCUCGGAGAUGAUGACGAUGAGGAGGAUGAGGAUGAUGAGUCUGGCGAGAGGAAAAAACGGCGGCUCCUCCCCGUCCCUCUGCCACCUGCUGAGAAGGGCAUCCUCAUGAGCCCAAGUUACAGAUAUCGUGUUGAUUAUCGUCCCAAAGCGGUUAAGUUUGCGGAUGGAAUCCUGCCUGGGGAAGGGACUUCUCCCUCUGGUGGUGAGGAAAUCCACUCCCCACCUCCUCCUACAGCAAAGGCCACAAAGACUAAGGAAAAGAAACUGCGCAAGAAGCGGAAAGUCAAAGUCAAAAUUAUAAAACAGUACAACGUGAAUGAUGACGACAAUGACUCGCCUCCACCACCACCACCUGGCUCACCACCACCUCUUGCUGCCAUCAAAUUGUAUCCUGGCUACACCCAUUACAGUUACACUGCUCCAGGAACAGCUGUAAUCUAUACGCAACAGCCACAGCAAGCAUAUGCCUAUACGUCAGGCCAGCAGGGUGCUGUUGCAGUGCCUAGUGGAAUGGUCUUACAGUCAGGGACAGGCACUCAGCCACAAGCAGCAAUAAGUGGACUAAGUGGAGUCUCCCAAGGAGUAUUGCGAUAUCCAGGUUAUGUCUACACCACAGUCUAUUCAGCCGGACAGCAGCUACAGUAUGUUUUACCGACUCCACUAACAUCACAGUCUGCUGUAUCAACUCAAAAGAUUGCAAAAAAAUAAUUGAAUAUUCUUAAAUAAAGAAGCUGUUUUGACACGUUCAUUAAUGAGAACGAGAACUUUUCUGAAAGUCCACUGUAAAUUGAAAUAUUAUGUCAAAUGAAAUUGAUAUGAAUUUAAUGACUGGUAAAAUGAGUAUGUAAUUAUUCAGAAUUUUCUUUUUAGUAAUGUGAAUAUAUUUUUGCUCAUAUUCUUAUGGGAAAAGAAUGAUCAUAAAAUCAUAAACCAAAGACUUUCGGAGUCAGAACUUGGCUAUUGUUCAGUGUGCAUGAUUGUAGAGUUCCCCUUCGUGAAGAGAGUGCAUGAUAUUUUGAAUGCCAAUGGAAAAAAUGAUGACAGAUGGAAAAUUUGGUCCUACAAAUACAGACAAGUGUGUGUGUGUGUCAACACUGUUUACAGACAUAUGCAUAUGAAUUGACUAAAUGACUGGAUGAACUGCAUUUGACUAGUAUUUUUAGAUAGAAGUUUCAUCUACGAAUAAAGAAUGUUUGGUGUGGACCAUAACAGAAUCACAGCUAUGAAAAUCCUCUAAUUAGAAAAAGAAAAAUGAAUUGUAAGGCAACAACUGAUAGUAAAUGUAAUUUAUUGGAGUGCCUUAACUCUGUACCAGUUAAGGCAAUGCCACUGGGAAAAUGUUAUGUUCACUUUAGUCUUGUUUUGUUAAAUAUCUACACAUAGAUGGCUCUGCCAGUGCUUAGCCACAAAGAAGUCAGGUAGUAGUUCGUGUGACAGCACCUUUCCUUGAGUUGGUGGGAAAAAUGAGUUUUUUACUAAUGCUAUCAAUAUUGAUACUGUUAUUUUUAUUAUAGACAUUAUAAUUACUCUAUUGUUAGUAGCAUUACUAACAGCAGUAUCAAAUAAUAGAAAAUUUAAUUGAAAAUCAAGGAAAAGGUUAACCACCUAGUGACGUUACAUUUUCAAGCCAAAAAUAUUGCUUUCUGGGCGGCUUCAAAAUCGGCGUGCGGUCGAGUCCAGGAACCUGCGUAAGAGCCGCCCACCACGGGCGACAAAAUCAGAGUGCAAGCUCCAAUAUGGUGUUGCACUGGCGGGACGCCCAGUAAUGUUUAUUUUUCCGGGUGUCUCAUAUGUGUGACACCAGUUGUAAGUGGAUUAAACAGGUGAGACAAGCACUUCUCAUAACUGGCUCAUUGGUGACCUAGUACUUGUGGAGCCAUCUAUAUGUGAAAAGAAUUACUUAUUUAAACACACAGUGGGCAAUGCAUGUACGCACAUGCCAUCCCCGUCAGCAUGUGGUUAAGAUUUACAUUCUCAGUUUAUUUUCUCAGAUGAUAUAGAUAUUCUGUGAUGUAUAUGAAUAUCUUUUUAGAUAAUUUGCAUAUAAAAUGUUUAUAAUCUCAAUGGAUUUACUUAGAUCAUUCAGAUAUUUUUUUUUUUUUUUUACAAGUAAGGCAUUACUCUUAUUCAUUUAAACUACAAAGUUUCUCUAUUAGGUAAAGAAAACUUCUUCUGGAUGUUUAGAUUAUCUCUGUUUGUAUAUAUAUAAUUACAUGCACACCAAUAUCCACAGCCACAUCCACAUCCACAUCCACAUCUACACACACAUCUACACACAUGUCCACAUC